AUGGGGGGAGAAGGCCUUGGAGACGAAUUCGAAGGAGAGGCAGAAGAAAAGGAUGAAGAAGAAGACGAAGAAGAUGCCGGAGGAGAUCCAGCAGCAGCAGCUACAGAAGAAGAUCUGGAAGACGCUCUGGAAGGCGAUGCAGAAGGAGAACCAGAAGGAGAUCUCGAAGGAGAUGCAGAAGAUCUCAAGGACGAUCUUGAAUGUGAAGCAGAAGGAGAACUUGAACGGGAUAUAGAAUGCCUCGAAGGAGAUCUCGAAGGCGAUCUCGAAGAACUCAUAUGGACUGUAGAUGGAGUCUUUAAUGCCGUCAUCGAAGAAGCCCGUCGCAAGGGAAACAUUCCCGGUUCCGAAGCUGGAGGAGACUCCGACUGCGAUCCCGAAGGUGUUUUCCAUCCCGAUUCAGAAGAAGCCCCCCAUCCCGUUCCGGAUCCCGAUCCCCCCUGCGAUCCCGGUCCCGAACCCGAUCUCGGUCGAGAUCCCGGUCCGGAUCGCGAUCGCGUUCGGGCUCUUGUUUGGCGUGUUUGCCCUUUAAGUUGUUGA